CACCCUGCCGGUCACAUGUCAGGCAUGUGACAAACCAAGAUGGCGUCGACUGUUUUUGUUGUUAUCAUUUGUUGUGCAGUUAUCGGUGUAAGCUACUCUCACGUGUGCCUUGUAAGUCCUGCCCAGAGAGGCUCCCUGCAGGGAAUCAACAAAAAAGGAGCUGACAAUUGUAUUCUUCUGAAACCUCCGUGUGGGGGUAGGGUCAGACAGGCAAACAGAACUGUCGACUUGAGGGUCGGACAGGAAUACGAAGUUGUCUUUCAGAAGAAUCUUGAUCACUGGAAGAAAACAUCGCCUGGAUUCUUUGAGAUACUUCUAGGACAAGAAGGUUCUAAUAAUUACCAUGCUUUUGUGAAAAUACCGGACAAUGGCGAGCCGUCGUUGACCCUGUUUACGCAGACAAUCGUGGUUCCGGCGGUGCAAUGGACGAAUCAAGAUACAAUUCUUCGGGUAAUCUACAAGACUAUGAAUCCAGAUGCACCACCGGCAUUUUACCAGUGUGCAGAUGUGAGAAUUUUGCCACAGAAGUAAAGAAAGGAAUCACCAUGCACGUGACAUUCGGAAACGAAUCAUUUACAUAACAUACAUGUAUGUAAGAUGUCUGUGGUAUUACUAUUAUCGUACUUAUUUCGGUGUACUAAAAUAACAAAUCCUCAGAUUUUAACAGAUAAGCUUGACGAUGACAUUGUGCGCCCAAAUUUAUUGCAAAAGAAUGAUACGUUCCAAAGAAAAUUUAGAAAUAGUGUAUAUACAAACAGUAGUAUGUGAAAUACGAGUUUAUAAUGUAUAAUGAUUUCAACGCGAACGGUGUGGACAUGAAAAUAUCGUUAAAAUGUGUAUGUACAGUAAGUGUUUUCAGAUAAAACAAGGAUGAAACCAUUAUCCCUUAAAUUUAAUGGCUUUAUCUCGCCCAAUCACGCCAUGACUGCUGCAAAACAACAUAUUUGUUAUCUAUAAAUGACAUUCCAUGUUUAAUAAACGGGGUUUUUCAUAUUUUUACUAAUGUGUUUUAUAAAACUUGUAAGAAUUUGAAUUUUGACAUUGUUUAUAUAAUAAGUAUGAGAAGGAAAAAAUGUUUUGAGAAUUACAAUUACUUCUAUUGUCGCGAAUUAACAAAUAAUAUAAGAUUGAUAACUAGAAAAUAUUCAAUCUAUCAUUCAUAAUCAUAAUUACAUUAUAAGACCCUUAGGGUUAGGGUUAUAUAAUAUAUACUUAUAAGAUGUGCCUUUUAUCCAUAUACUUUAUGUACUGUACUUGCGCUAAUCAUAAUUCAUUUCUCAUACAUUAACAUUAAAUGAAAAUCUUUGACGUUAGAUAUAUGGAUUAUAAAUUCCUUUAUUAGAUGUGUCUUGUCUUUAUAUACUAUUUGAGUUAAUCAUAAACGUUUAAAGUGUUUUGCUCGAGGUAUGGAUGACAUUGAUGGCUAUGAUUGAAAUUUAUGCUGAUAAUCGAUUAAUAAAACAUAAUCUAUUGUUUU